AUGCUGGCGGUGAUGGUGAUGCGCCCUUUCUUGUGUGCCCUGCUGUUUUUUGCGCUCUGCUGCUGCUUUCCCAAUUCCGUGUGUGCGGCGGAUGAUACAGCUACUAAUACCACUGAGGAUGUCAAUGCUUCGGCGAUACCGACUAAUAUGAAAGAGGCUUUUGACUGGGCAUUCAAGGCGAUGUUUAAGGCGCGGGAGGAGGUGGAUGAGGCCAACCAGCAUUGUGUGCAAGCUAAACUAAGUGCGACGAAGGCAGCUGGGCUUGAGAAAGAAGCAGAGAUGGCUUUAAAAAAGCUUGGCGCGGAGGCUGUGACACUGAGCAAGGCAUUACGAGAUGCGAGGGGAGCCAACAAUGAAGCUAAGGCUGCCGUGACCGAAUGCGAGGCUGCAGAGGCGGCUGCACAACAAGCAGAGAUUGCGACGCUCGAUGCCGCAUACGAGGUGCUGAACCAUGUUAAGACCGAUAGGAGGAGCAG